ACACGCGCCCCGGACAAUCGCUUUUUCUCUGCCGCGACAAGUUCUCUCUCCGAGCCGCGAAUAACAGAAACCGGUCCCAGCAGAUUCGUUUGCUCUUCCCUCUCCAGAUCUUCGUUCCCAGUGCUCGCUGUGAAGUGGUGCCGUGGAUUAUGUCGGUGGCCGCGGGAAGUCUGGUAACCGAAAGCGUGCGGUGGCAGGCGCCGCAACAGCACCGUGCUUCGCCACAUGCGGUCGCUAGGAGCUCCGCGGGGGUCGGGAUGGCUUCUGAAAUGGCCGAUUUUCAUGAUAUGUGGCAAGACAUUGAAAGUGUCCUCUUGGGAGAAUCUUGCGUUCCUGAAUCAAGAAGUCAGAUGUAUUUCUGCUCCCCAGAAGCAGGCUCCCACAUUUUUACGAAACCAUUGCAAUCAGGAUCUACAGUUCCUACAUCUUCAAGUCCACAUGCGUACCACCACCCUCAUUCCCAUCACUUGCAACACAUGGCUCAACAGCAGCAUUAUUUGAACUCUUCUCCUUCUUCAGGCAGCAAAAUGCCUCCUACAAGUGGUGCAAAUGGAUAUUACUUCAGUCCUUACAGAUAUAACUUUAAAAAGGAACCUGUGGGAAGUUGCAUCAGCAGUCCUAAUCCGUCCAUUCCUUCCGGUUAUAAUAUGCACUCUGCUUGCUCUUCGGACUCUAAGCAUGAGAUGCUACCAAAUCCUGCAGGAGCUUAUAGCGGACAGUGUGUGCCUUACAAUAACUCUAUUCCACCUGUUCACUCUCAUAUGUCACCACCAGCAUCACCAGAAAAUUCUGGAAUUCAAAAUAAUUAUGGCCCUGCAACAACUCCCAUGGAAAACUAUCCACAAAUGAAUAAUGGGAUGUUGCACAGUUCAAGGACAUCAAUCGUCAACCCUAAUGGGUAUGUUUAUGGUAUAACAAAUGGUAUGUCUGGUCCUCCUCACUUGCGCAUGAUGACACCACCGUCUUCACCUCACUUGGCAGACUUACUUGCAGUGCAGAAUGGAACACCAAUGCCUUACUCUAUGAACAGACCGCCAGCAAACCACCCUCCAUCCCAACUCUUACCUACAGGGAUAGGAUCUUUGCCAACAACCACCAAACAUCGCCGAGGUCGUCGAAGCACGGGCAGGAAGAAAGUCACCAUCCACACUUGCUCUCACCCUGGAUGUUCCAAAACGUACACAAAGAGCUCCCAUCUAAAAGCCCAUCUUAGGACUCAUACAGGCGAGAAACCAUAUCAGUGCAGUUGGAAAGGCUGCGGCUGGAAGUUUGCAAGGUCCGAUGAACUUACUCGACAUUACAGGAAACAUACUGGUGACAGACCUUUUCAAUGCAGAUUGUGUGAAAGAGCUUUUUCAAGGUCAGAUCAUUUGUCAUUGCAUAUGAAACGACACGCUGCCGUUUAAUGUCGAAAUUAUGGCACAAAAAUAUUUCAUUGCUGAGUUCAUGGUGUGUUUAACUUUUGUGUGCGUUUCGAUGCAGGAAUGUAAAAUCACUGUCAUAGUUGACCAAGUGAGAGCAAGUAAGACAAAAACGUCUAUCUCCUACGCUGCAGAUCCAAAAUGCUAUUUUUCAUUCAUAACCAAUUAAACAAAAGUAUAAUGCUUAUUAUUUGAAUUGAAAAAAACAAACUAACUCUUCUUUUAAACGACCUUAAUAUUAUUUAGACCUUAACUUUAAUAUUACAAUGAAAUACA